GGGGACGAAUAGCGGACCUGACGCAGUUAGUUGAUGACUGUAUAAAUUGUGAUAAAUACUAUGAAGUAAUGGUUAACUGUGGCGGACUUUGGAUGCUGCUGUCCAAAUCUUCCACGCGGGUGAACAAGGUCGGUGUUUUGAAUGCGGAGAGCAGGUCUUAAGGUUUCUGUUAGCUGAGUCUGUGUUAUUAGGAGACCACUUCUGCUUAAAUCUCGCUUGAAGAACAUGAUCUCCAUUUUUGCGACGGAAACAGUGUUGUGUGUAUUUUAAACUAAGCCGUCAUUUGAAGUUAUGGCGAGCGACUUGGUGAAGUCGUUCGUGCAGAUGUGCAAGUAUCUGCAGGAGCCCUGCCAUGUAGCGAGGUUUCAGAGAAUCUGUGGCGUAAAAGGGACUUUUCCGGAUAAAGCCACUAAGCCAGACGGCGGGCUGCCGGAGCCGGAUAGCUCCGGGCUGAGGAGGAGGGCGCAGCAGGGGGGACGCAGCGUCGGUGUCGGUAACGGGGCCGCCGCCGCCGGGGAUGCGGGCGUGUCGCAGGUUAACGGGGUGCAGGGUGAUGUUACCCCCGGAGCCGAGCCCGACGGUGAGGACCCAGACACCGCCAGGGCAAAACCGCUCCGAAGAAACUCCCUGACCGGAGAUGUGGGUCAAGAGUUCCUCAUCCACAACAAUUUCCUGUUCUACUUGUUCACUUUUGGGACCGAACUGGGUAACGAGAUGUUCUUCAUCAUCUUCUUCCCGUUCCUCUACUGGAACAUCGACGCCCUGGUCAGCAGGAGGCUCAUCGUGGUCUGGGCCUGGAACCUGUUCGUGGGUCAGUCCACCAAGGAUAUGGUCCGCUGGUCCCGGCCGGCCUCCCCUCCUGUCGUGAAGGUGGAGGUCUUCUACAACUCUGAGUACAGCAUGCCCUCCACUCACGCCAUGACCGGCACCGCCAUACCCGGCUGUCUCUUCAUGCUGUCCUAUGGACGGUGGCAGUACCCUUUCUUCUUUGGCUUGUGCGUUGCUCUCAGCUGGAGCAUCCUGGUCUGUGUAAGCAGGAUCUACAUGGGAAUGCAUUCUGUUCUGGAAGUGAUCACUGGUUUCCUGUACAGCCUUCUUAUUCUAGCCUUCUUCUAUCAAGUUUUGGACAAGAUCGACAGCUACUACAUGAUGGACCACUAUGCUCCACUUGUGAUUAUCUUCUCACAUGUGAGCCUUGGACUUGUGGCUUUUUCCUUGGAUUCCUGGAGCACCUCUCGGGGCGACACAGCUCAGGCGUUGGGCACUGGGGCCGGGGUUGCUUUGGCUACCCAUGUGAACUAUCAGCUGGGGCUGCUGGUCGAUCCACCGCUGUCCUCGCUGCCUCUAACUUUGCCACCACUCAGCGUUAGCCUAGUGGUUUGCUCCCUGCUGCGCUUCGUCAUCGGAGUCGCUGUCCUGCUCGUCACAAGAAUGGUUAUGAAAGCACUGACUAUUCCGUUCUUAUGUCGCCUGUUUGGACUGCCAACAGAUGACAUCAGACAGGCGCGGCAGCAUAUGAAAGUAGAGUUGCCAUAUCGUUACAUUGUCUACAGUGUUGUUGGUUUUAGUUGUGUCUCUGUAGUGCCUCUCCUCUUUAGGAUCUUUAACCUUGCCUGAAUGUUGUGUGGAAACUGUCAUGCACUACUGACAUCUUCACCUACAGUACAUGGUGAUCUUUUGAAACAAGAUAAAGGCUGUUUCUGCACGACAAAAACUGAUUUUAAGGAUAAAUCUGCUGGUAUUCUAUAUUUUUUAUUAUUGUAAACAUAUACCAUCAAAAAGACCAAAACCAACAAUGAAAUUCAACCAACAGGUGUUGAUUUUGCAGCUUAGGCCUGAGAGAGUUUCUUCCUCUGUUCCAUAGACCUCCAUUGUUGUCCAAAAAUAUUAAAAACACACCCUUGAGCCAAACUGUUGCACUGGGUGGCAUGUUCCUUCAUUUUUUACACGAACAUGGACAUUUCAGUUUAUUUUGAGUCAGUCCCCCAUACACCUGCUCUGUUUACAAGUAUCAGUGGCCAAAAAAUGUUUGAUCACUUUUUAAAGAUCAGUAGGAACAGUUGGAAAGUAUUGAGACAGACAUGGUAUAUUAUUACAUUAACAAAAAUCUAAAACAUCACUUGCCUUAUCCUUUAAGCAACCCCUGUGGCCAACACAUUUAAGUGUUAACUGGAACUUUGCGAAAAGAAAAUGUAUCAGAUGUAUUGUUAUAAUGCUUGUAUCCAUCAUUGAGGAAUCUGUUGUACAUUUCCAGAUUUGAUUAAAACAUAUAAGAAUGUUAUUGGGGGGCACCAUGCUCUGAAGAAUAAACCAAACAGUGAAUCAGUAAAGUGUGAAACCACUUCACUUCUCUUUUUUUUGUUUUGUUGCCAUGCUUAAAUGUAAAUCAGCCUGUUAGUAAUAAAAUGUUAUAACUAUUUAAGUUUGUAUUUGUCAGGGUAUCAUGAUCUCUAUUUAAAUCUGUUUUUCUCUUUGAGCAGAUUUUUAGUGUCAUCAUUAUUUUUCUACUUAAGUCAGCAUUAUCUCAUAACUUCCUCUUUGUAUUUUUCUUGUGCUGCAAAAGGGUUUCAAAUACAUUUGUUUGCAAUUUUUGUCCAAAUGUAAGUCAAAUGCUUUCUGAAAUAAUAACUUGAAAAUAUGACAUUAAAAUAACAUAUUUUUGAUAAAGUAUUUUACCAUCUUGACUAACUUGAGCAGAAAGAAAUCUAAUGAUACCAUACAUACUUAAUUAUUAGCAAAUCCAGACAUUUUGGCUGUCGCUUCUUAAACAAACUACAGUAUAUAAGAACUUUACCUCCAGUACUUGCCUGAAUGUUGCAAUUGUUUAAUGUUCUAAUAGCGGUUUACUCCAAUAUUAAUGCCAGAGCACUUAUCAUGAGUACUCAUGGAGUAUUUAUGGGUUUUAUUGCCAUCAAUCCUCUCUGUUGUGCAAAGACUGCAUACAAGGAAAAUAAAUCAUUAAAAACA